GUCCUUUGCAUGGCAGUGGGCCAAUAAGGGGUUAAUCCCCCGCCGGAAGGCGGCACAGGAAGUACAAUAAAAGUCCAUCCGGGUCCCCCCGCGCCCAUCUCAAUUUUCCUGUCGAAGAUACCCCCCAUACCAGAGGUGCUACUCUCUCCCUCUGAAGCGCCUGGGACCGAGGUUCUUACCUUGUGUGUGUUCCAGGGGAAGCCGGCGGGCUUCUGGCCUUUGUUGCCGAUGGCGCAAUCAGCCGCAAUGCUGCCUUAACGGAGGUAGCGCAUGCGCGAUAAGACGCCAGCGCCCAUCUCUCUAAUGGCGCCUACGUUUUCACGCUGCGAAUUUACGCACGCGCCUUUUCGCGCCGGUUUAAAAGGACGAGCGCAUCACAGGUUAGUUCCUCUUAUGAUUUCAAACGAACUGGCUGGUGUUCAUUUCUGGCAAGACAAGACUGAGGAAUCUGUGUGCACCUGUAUUCUCGAUUGAUCCCAGGUACUGUCAAUUAUGAGCUGCAGACGCUCAGGCUCCAGGGGGAGUCCCCCAUUAAGAGAGGAAUCUCAAAGAAGGAAGACUCCCAGAACUGAUUGUAUUGCAUGCGGAGAAGCAGCAAUUCUAGGCAAAAGGCUCUGUGAGAAGUGUCUGCAGGAAGUGGCUGGGCCCUCCUCUGAUCAACUGCACUCUAUUAAAGACUGGAUGCAGACUACCAUAAAAAAAUCUAUGAGUGAUAUGGUCAAUGUAGUUACUGAGAAAGUACUACACAAUCUAGAUGAAAGACACAAGGCGCCCUCCUCUAUGACUGAGGUCAGUGACAGACCUCACAGGAACACGCACUACUCCAGUGUUUCUGAAGGGGAGCUAUCUUUAACCGAUCAAGAAGAAGAAGAACAGUCUGAAGAUACCUGUUCUUUCAACCUUGAAUACCUAGAGCCACUCAUCAAAGCAAUGAGAUUUUCUCUGGAACUUGACAAUACUGAGGAUACUCCUAAACAUGACAAAAUGUUCAGAUCAGCGGUCAAAAAAGGAGAAAAAUUCCCGGUACACAGAGUCAUUAAAGAAACCAUUUUAGAGGAAUGGAAGACGCCAGAUAAAAAACGUAAUUUCUCCAGAAGACUUAAAAAGAUGUAUCCAUUCGAAGAAGAGGACUCAAAACUCUGGCAAGCCUCCCCUAAGGUGGAUGCGGCCAUCACUAGAGUGGCUCGACGUACUACCUUGCCUGUGGACGAAGGAGUCUCGCUAAAAGAUGCGAUGGAAAGAAGACAAGACAUGACACUCAAAAAAUCGUAUCUAACAUGUGGAAUGUCCAACCAAGCCUCCAUAGCCAUUACCACUCUGGCCAGAGCCAACCACAUUUGGAUAGAAGAACUGGAACAAGCUGUCAAAGCGGGAACAGACAGAAAAAAGCUUAUUGAAAUGAUCCAAGAUGUCAAAACCGCAAACGAAUUCACUACGGAAGCAUCCAUGGAUCUUGUCAGACUCUCGGCCAAAGCUAUGGGCCUUAGUGUGGCGGCCCGUAGAGCUCUCUGGCUGCGCCACUGGCAUGCUGACCCGCAAAGUAAACAUAACCUUUGCUCCCUCCCAUUUGAAGGGUCACUUCUGUUUGGUGAAAGACUCGACAAAAUCAUAUCCAAAGCCUCUGCAGGAAAAUCGGCUUUUCUUCCUCAGGACAAAAGAGACAAGAGGCCCUUUAGAAAAAAUCCCCUGCAGGAGGCCAAACAGUAUAGACCGGGAAAGCCCUUUACUAGGCAACCCUGGAGAAGAAACCAGGGACAAGGGGCACCUGGAAGAAGGGACUUCAAACAGGACAAAAAAUCGGCAUGAGGGUGCGCGAGCCCCUCUGUCUUGCCUUGGAGGAAGACUUCAGAAUUUCAGGACAGUGUGGGCUCAA